ACAAUUACGCCUCGUCGAGCAUCUCUCGCAACAGCUAGCGACCGUUUUGGCAAGUCUACGAGGAACAACAGGUGCCCCCCCUUCGAUCGAACAAAAUGAAGAUUUCCACGGCCGUGAAUUCGAAUAACGUACCCGCAAUAAUAUUUUUGUUGGCCUGUUUGGUGAUGCUUCAGCCGAAGACCACCGAUGCUGCUCCAAGUAUGGGAAGUUAUUCGGGGUACUUCUCUCCUUUGUACCUCGAACGUCAGAAUCCUAGAUACCUGAUGCAGACCAUAUCGAGACUAAGGCAGGCUUUAAUCAACGAAGACGAUUUGGAAAAGUCGCUCGGAUUGAAAUCGCCGGUGAUUUAUUCGAAAAGAGACGGCGAGGAAUCGAAGAGGAUCGAUGUUGGAACCUACAGAGGUCGAUUAGGUAACGAUAUGUCCAUGCGCCAUUUUUUCACUCAAGCCGGAAGACGAUGAGAGACAUCAAAAAUGCCAAUUUUUUUCUUUAUUCAUAUCUUUAAUUGUAUGUAAGUUUAUAAUUCAAAUCGAAUAAAGUUUAUUUAUGUAUUAUUCGUACACGAUAACCUUCUC